AAUCAUAGGCGAAAACGCGGUGCUCCACCGUCCAAGGCUCCAUAACGACAACUGGUAAAAUAAUGCUAGGAUCUCACGAGUCAAACGGUACCCUCCCCACCUCGGAGGAGGAGAGUACUACCCAUCCCAAAAACGUCCGUCCUCUCUGCCGCACCCAUUAUGAAAAUUAUAAAAUAGAAUUCGGUUGACUAUUUUUUAAAUUUUUUGGA